CCAACCCAACCUGUUUACUUCUCACAAAACCCACCUCCUCCUACUUCCACUCAAGCCCCUUUUACCUGUGGUAAUAGAACAAAUGGAGCUCCCGAGAAUCAUCAACAAGAAGCUCUGCAGACCCUCCUUGCCCUGGCAGCUAGUUUAAAUUCCUCUAAUCACCAAAACGACCAACAUACCUAUGUUAGUAUUCCUCAGGAAGAUGUUCCCUUGUUUGCCAUAGAGUCUCGUGAAACCUGUCAAUCUAAACAGUCAGUAGCAGAAGAAGCGUUAGAACAAUUGUUGGAAAAAGAAAAGAAAGCAGAAAAAAAUGUUACUCCCCCGUCUAAGGCUGUUCCUCCCAAACCAAAGCAUGCCCCUCCCGUCAGAAAAAAA